GCGGCGGCGGCGGCGGCGCGCUCAGCGCUCUGGUUGUCUCCCGCGCCGCCUGUUGCUCGCAGUUCCCGGCCGCAGCUUCCCGCCGAGUGGCCAGGGGUAGGCGGCCCGAGAAGGGGUCAGCGCGUGGACAGCCUCCCGCCCUCCUGCCCUCCCCGCUCUCGAGUGAUCGGAGGAUCCCAGGCGUCCCCGAAAGUGCGAACGCCGCGAGCCUCCAACUGCGCCCCGGACCGCGCAUCGAGACCCGGGCGCCAAGCCGCCCCGCGAUGAACGCGACCUUCCUGAACCACAGCGGCCUGGACGAGGUGGGCGGUGUGGGCGGGAGCACCGGGACUGCCCUGGGGAACCACAGCCAGGGGCUGGGCCCUUGGCUAGACUGCUGCCCGGGGGGCGCGCCGCUGACCGCCAGCGACGGGGUCUCCGCAGGGCUGGCGCCAGACGAGCGCAGCCUGUGGGUGUCGCGCGUGGCGCAGAUCGCCGUGCUUUGUGUUCUUUCGCUCACCGUGGUCUUCGGCGUUUUCUUCUUGGGCUGCAACCUGCUCAUCAAGUCCGAGAGCAUGAUCAACUUUCUGGUGGAGGAGCGCCGGCCCUCCAAGGACGUGGGCGCCGCCAUUCUGGGCUUGUACUGAGCGCUGGCCCGCAGCCCUCGCCCGCCGGGGAAAGGAGAAGGGACGCCUGGGACCCCGACGCCUCUCUGCUCGACCGCCACCUCUGGGCGAGCAGCGCGAGAGAGCGAAGCGCCCUGGUGCCGGGGCGUGAAGACACCGCGGGACAGAGGCGGCGGCGGCGGCGCGGGAGGGGACUCACGCCCGGCACGGUCCUGUGUGCGCUUCAGCGUGAGGCGGGAGGAUGAGGUUUCUUAACGGUUCUUUUGUUUUUGUAAAAAAAGGAAGUUCGGGCCAGGGUGGGCUUGAGUGGGAUGCUGUGUCGGGCUGAAGGCGCUCGCGUGGGGGCUUUUGUGUGUUGGCGGAGGGCGGUGUGAGCGCUUCGAGGAGCAGAGUGGGCGGGAGCUGUGAAGAAUCAGAGCCGCUGAGCUUGUUGGCCUGAUUUUGCAUCUGCAGAGAAAUUUUGUAAUAAAAAGCAGCCGUCGAGCUUUCAGUGGCCUCCCGCCAGCAUCUGAUGUGUGCGUGCGUGUGUAUGUGUGUGUUGGCGGGGACGGAGGGACUGAGGUCCUGUGUCCUGGUGGGGCGAAUAUUUUGAUCCUGUCCAGAAAAAUUUCGCCCCUUCGUGUGCCACGGAGGGAGCAGUGCAGGCAGGUCUGGGGCUCCACACCCGCACGGAGGCCAGCCCCCGGCCAGGAAAGGGAAAAGGAGCGGUUUUCUACACUGACCUAGGAGACAGGUCUUUGAAGGCUGCCAGAUGGUGAGAUUAGUCAAAUCACUGGAGAGUUGAGUAUUUUCCGUAAAAUGGGGGAAAAAUAAGUGAAUUAAGUCCAAAAAGGGGAAAACACUGAAAUGAAUACAUCAGGAUAAUGAACAAAAUUCAAUUGAGCCAGCGGGGGAGGAGGGAGCUCAUCGAGUUAAUAUGUUAAGGAGUUAAUGAUAAGACCAAAAGCACUCUCUAAGGGCUUGUCUUAUCCCAACUCCCCCAAUCACACCCCCAUCCCCCACUGCCACCAGGCCCGUGUAGAAGGUGGCUAAGUAGACUACAAAGGUGGUUCCUUGUUGCAUGGUGUGUGUGUGUGGGGGGUAGCUAGGAUGUUUCAA